CAUUUUUUUUUUGAUAAGCAACUCCAAUAAAACGCAUCUCCAAAAUCCAUUUCCUUUGAAACCAUUUUCAUCAUCAUCGACAUCGUAACUCUCUUCACCGUCGCCAUCAUCAUCACCCUCGCCAUUAACGCCGUCAUCAACCUCACCAUUAACGCCGUCGUCACCCUCGCCAUUAACGCCGUCAUCACCCAACAUCACUUCAUCCGUCGCCGUUGCCAUUAACGCCGUUCAUCAUCAACAUCAUUUCAUCAUCUUCACCGUCGCCAACAUUUGAACGAACCAAACACAAAAUGGUGAAAAGAAAACAGAUCAUGACACCAGCACUCAUUGGUAAUCCAGGAAGUCACUAUGUGUGCUUUGUUGUUAAUUUCAAAAGCUGCACAUUCCAAUUCUGGAAUAGCAUUAAUGGAGAGAGGUUCCUUGUGAAGUCAGGAGAACCAACCACUUACAAGAAGAUGUUUGAUGUCUGGUUUAAGGAAGUCGAGGCAUUUGUCAUAGAAUUGUAUAAGCAUUGGAAAAUGACAAUUCCUUUCGACUUCAGCAAAUUUAAGUGGGAAACUCCCAAAAUGCCAAGUCAACCAGACAAAGACAAUUGUGGAGUUUUCUGCAUAAAGUUCCUAGCUGAAUGGGAAGGUGACAGUAAGACCUCAAUGGACUCUUUCAAAAAUUGGAACAAACUCAAAAAGCAAGACAAAGUGGCAAAGCUAAUGGAUUUGAGGAUUGAAAUAUGCUCCACACUUUUAACUCACAGCAGCAAUUCAAAAGUGGAAUAUGUGGUAAACCAAGCAGCUUCUUACUAUGAAGAAAUGGCUCAAAAGCUGCAACAUGAUGUCUAGGUUCUGACUAGGAUGAAACUUUUUUAUGUAUUCAUUGUUGAGUCUCUGACAUGUGAGUUGGUGUAUGAAGAAUUGGUGGUUCAUGUCUUAAUUCCCAAUUUGGUGGAGAAGGCAUAUUUGUUAUUUAUUAUGAGUUAUGUCAUUUUGA